AGCACCCCAGAAGCUACCCGCUUCCCUCAGUUGCUGCCCGGCUCCUCUUCGGAGGUGACUCCUUUCCUGAAUUGUACCACCAAAGACCUCCUGGUUCCGCAGUAUCCUGGAGCUCGAGGCAAUUAUGGCUGAAGGAUUUCAGGAGAUACACGGACUAUGGCAAAGAAGAGAGGAGCAGAGACACUCUUCUUUGUUCUCUUCCUGGACUAUUGGCAAGCCCCUCCUCACAGGUCUCUUAUGGUUGGUGCCUUUCCUACCAGUCUCAGAUGGGAAAACCAACUCCCUCAGAACUUCACUGCCCGAGAUCAUAAGGCACUCAGAGGGUGGACUAGAACCCAAGUUCGGUGCUCUUCCUCCUAGAGCAGGUUCAAAUACUGAAAUUUCAUCAAGUUCAAAAAAUACGGAUGAAGGUUUGGCUAAAAUAUUUGAUGAAAUUCUACUACAAGUGUUUUCCAAAGUUCCAUUUGAUGAAACAAGAACAGCGGGAAAGUCAAUUACAAAGAGAGAUGUGAAAGAAAGCCUCUUCCCACCAGUCUCAGAUGGGAGAACCAAGUCCCUCAGAGCUUCACUGCCCGAGAUCAUAAGGCACUCAGAGGGUGAACUAGAACCCAUGUUCGGUGCUCUUCCUCCUAGAGCAGGUUAUCCUCAAAAAAAGAGCUUGAAAAAUAGUGAAUUUGUAUCAAGUUCAAAUAAACAAGAAGAACAUUUUUCUAAACUAUUUGAUGAAAUUCUACAGCAAGUGUUCUACAAGGCUCCGUAUGGGACACCAUUUGAUGAAGCCAGAACAGCAGGCAAAUCAAUUACAAAGAGAGACAUGAAUUCAGAAAUUUUCAUCAAAGGACCCAACGUUGCUGGGUAUUCUACUGCACCAAGGUUUCUCUUUGGCAGCGUGGACAGAAUUUCUACUAAUGAUCACAAUUCAGAGAAGAGGGAUAAAGAAUCCUCUCUCUCCAACAGGAAUAUGAAUGAACCAUUUACUGCUAUAAAUAAAGAAACACUUGAAGCAGCAGCUAAGACAGAUAUUCCAGAUAAGACCGUACCAUGUGAGCAGCUUCUGCAGUUCCUCCAGAGGAACAUCAUCAUUGGUGCUGGCUCGGUGGCGGGAGUCCUCGUGGUCACAGCAUUGUUGCUGCUGGCGUUGACCAUGUGCUGCAGGAGGAAACAGCAAUCACAUCCUCCAGCGAACAUGACAUAUAAUAUUUUUAUUCUGCGUGGGAAGUCUUGGUGGCAGAAGUUUCAAGAAAAGAACCCCCAAAAGCACAGUGAGAAACAGAAACAGUUGUUGAAGGGCAAGUCCUCUGUCUAAGCCAGCUGGUGGGGCCCGCCAAACCAGGACCGGAAGCUGUGAUGCCAGGCAAUUGUCCACCCAGACACCACAGAGAGGCAUUUGAUUUCUGGCUGUGAGGUGUGCUCCACAAAAUGUUUACCUUCUCCUGUCAGUCUCGAAUGGACCAAGACAUGGAUGUUGUACUACAGGGUGCUUAGAGUUUGGUACGGCACUGAUAGCUAGGGCAGGAGAUGCAGCACAUUUGCCCAAACACAAACCUGACCAACUACCAAGUUCUUUGUUUAUUAAAGCAUUGAUUCUCUGAUUCAGCCAUUCAGGGAGCAGAUAUUAAUUGAAUGCCUAAUAUGUAGACAAUCUCAAGCAUGAGGCAACCAAAGGUUUUGGAAACAGGCCUGGUCCUUGUGGGUUUCUGAGGAGAGGGCAGACAGCUAG